AUGUCAUCGACAUCCGCAGUCGGACCCCGCCGAAAGAUCGUGGGCACGAGCCUGAAGAUGUACUUUGACCUCGACAAAACCCUAACCUACGCCGCCGACCUCGCAAACAUCUCGACUCAUGCAGAAUCAAACAACAUUGAUCUCUUCAUCAUUCCUGAUUUUGUAUCCCUGCUGCCGGUGAAGGAUGCUUUGAAAGGAACCCAAGUGCAAUUGGGAGCUCAAGAUGCUUUUUGGGAGGAUGCUGGAGCGUUUACGGGAGAGGUUUCUUGUAGGACGUUGAAGCAGGCUGGCGUGCGGAUUGUGGAAUUGGGGCAUGCGGAAAGGAGACGUCUUUUUGGAGAGACUGAUGCUACGGCUGCGAAGAAAGCUGCUGCUGCGUGUAAAAAUGGUUUGGUGCCUCUUGUCUGCAUUGGCGAAAAGACCCAUGGCAAAAUUGCUUCUCAAGCAGUCGGUAUGGCUAUCGAGGAGUGUAGGCCUCAGGUCAUGAGUCUGUUGCAAGCUAUACCGGAUGAUGCAGAGCUCAUACUUGCUUACGAACCUGUCUGGGCUAUCGGAGCGAGUGAGCCUGCAGAUCCUGAUCAUGUUGUUGCCGUCACGCAGCGAAUCAGAAAGAUGGCCGAAGGACGCAAAGGUCUGACACGGAUCUUGUACGGUGGAAGUGCUGGUCCAGGAACUUACGACAGACUGAGAGAUGGAGUGGAUGGAUUGUUCUUGGGACGCUUUGCCCACGAUGUCAAGAACCUCGAGAAAGUCAUCAAGGAGAUGAGCGAGUAA